CUCUAGACUUUUGUUGCCUCUUCUUCAAAAUUUUUCAUCGCAUUUUGAUGACCAGAACACAGCGCCUUUAAAACAAACAGUUGGUGGGUAAUGAGACGCAACUGGUGUUACUGUUAGGUUUUGAGGGAAAAUCGUUGAAUGAAUGCUGGCAAAUGGGUCUAUGCGGUGGCCCUUGCAGCGAACGGUGCUUUCACUUCUUCCCAUGUCUCUCCGAUCCAGCUCGGAGAUCGACGUUGUGUUUGAAAGCGGCGUUGGUGAUGCUGCAUCUAGUCUUUGUGGGCCUCCUUUUCCUUUUCGAUAGAGAUUUGAUCGAGAAAACCCGAGAAAAACCAUGGUACACAGCACUAUACUUGUCAUUAGUUGUUGCUACAUUGGGUCAAUAUUUCCUAACCUCUGGUUCUUCUCCGGGCUAUGUUCUUGAUGCAAUGAGGGCUGUAAAUGAGAGAGAUGCCUUAAUCAGAAGUACGCCAGUUUCCUCAAAACAUUCUGCUCCAAGCAAAAGUGGCAGCGUAGUUAUUACUGUGGAUGCUCACCCAUUGAGAAGAAAUCUUUUACAGAGUAAUACAACAUCUUGGACAAAGCUUGUGCUGGACAUGUAUCCUCCUGGAUCAUCUGCUAGAACUUGGACUUGCUCUUACUGUCAUGUUGUGCAGCCGCCAAGGGCAAAACAUUGUCAUGAUUGUGACAAAUGCGUUCUUCAGUUUGAUCAUCACUGUGUUUGGCUUGGAACAUGCGUAGGGCAAGGCAACCACUGUCGAUUUUGGUUGUACAUUUGUGAGGAAACAGCAUUGUGCCUAUGGACUGGUAUCUUGUACAUUACAUACCUCAAGUCUAAUAUACCAAAGUCUUGGUGGGUAUACCUAAUUAUGAUCAUGCUGCUGGUCACUUUGUCAAUUUCCCUAAUCUUUCUGCUGCUGCUGCUACUUUUUCAUAGCUAUCUUAUUAUGACAAAUCAAACAACUUAUGAGCUUGUAAGACGACGGCGCAUUGCAUAUCUAAGGGGGAUUCCUGAAAGAGUAUAUCCAUUCAGUAAAGGUAUAUGCAGCAAUUUGUACAAAUUUUGUUGUGCUCCAAGCAGCAUAUACAGAAUGGAACCUCUGCCAACAGCGCAGGAACUUGAAGAGAAGUCAAAACCCUAUACUUGCUUGGAUGUUUUGUCUUGUCGUUGUUGUUAAUUAUUUGGGCUUUGUAUUUUUGUUUCACUGUAUUCCAUUGAAUUUUACUGCAAUCAUUUUGUAGAAGCAUUUCGAUACAUCCAAUUGCUCACACAACUCAAUUUGUUUUUCUUUCCAAACACCUGUUUAUGCCUCAUCAAGUUCUAUUGAGAUGUUAUUGUGAUCAGAACGAUUUUGCCCAUUUAUGCAUGAGGAAUUUGUGCUUGCCUAGUG